CUCUGGUGAUAUUUAUAGUUCCAGGUAGUGAAGAACGUAAAAUCAAAAGCUCCCUAAAUGUUACCGCGGACAGUAUCGUAUAUGAUUUAGAAGAUGGUGUUGCAUUUAAUAGAAAAGGCAUUGCGAGAAAAAUGGUUGUCGAUGCUUUAGGGGCAUCUCCAGCUAGCGAAAAAUCUGAGAAAGCUGUUCGAAUAAAUGCUGUUGGUUCAGAAAGUGCUUUGGCCAUUAUGAAUAUUAAACAAAUUGCAACGUCUGAUCCUAGACUUGAUGCACUAAUCAUGUUGGUAAGAAUUGAUGUUACCUUAUAUAUGAAGAUAGAAAUAGCCGAUUUAUUAUUUUAUUUAUUAAGGAAUUGUAAGAACGCGAUCACGGAAGGAAAUGUUGCUAGCGCGACAGACCAUAAUGUAGAAAGAGCUGCACGUAUUGUUUAUGGUUACGAGCAGCAUUCUAAAAAAGGAAUUGGGGCGUUUGACUUGGAUGGCAAAAUGUAUUACGCAGAAUAUAACCCCGGUUCUUCUUAUUAUCCGUCGACGCCGGCAGGAGGACAGCCUUCGAAUAUAAAUAGCCAAUAUUAUUCAACACAAUGUCCGGUAUCACCGCAUUCCACUCCAUCUUUGAAUAGAAACGACAUUACAGAUGCUACAGCUACUCGUGCUCAAGCUCGAGCUCGAAAUGGCUCACGAAAGGCCAAGAACAAUAUAAAAAGUGGAGUAAGAGAAAAGAUCUCUAUGUUAGGUGAUGAUUGGGAGGAAUUUCUGCAAAACUACUUUGAUCAAUCUUGUGAAGGUGUAGAUGCGAAGAACAGUCACCUUGGCGCAAAUAUGAAUAAUCAUGGACAGACUUCCUCCGAAGGAAGGCAAGAUGAAUGGGAAGAAUGGUUAAAAUGUACGAUGUUUAAAUUUAUUACUGUAGUUGCAGGACAAGAUGCCACAAUUAAAUUCCAGCAAUCAGCUUCUUCAUUCCAAUCCACAUUUUUUGCUCGGCCAACGACAGCAACUAGUGAUAACGGAAAAAGAUGA